ACAGUAAGGAUGCCUGAUCCCGCCAAGACCGCGCCCAAGAAGGGCUCCAAGAAAGCCGUGACCAAGACCGCCGGCAAAGGAGGCAAGAAGAGGAGAAAGAGCAGGAAGGAGAGCUACGCCAUCUACGUGUACAAGGUGCUCAAGCAGGUCCAUCCCGACACCGGCAUCUCGUCCAAGGCCAUGGGCAUCAUGAACUCGUUCGUCAACGACAUCUUUGAGCGCAUCGCCGGUGAGGCGUCUCGUCUGGCUCACUACAACAAGCGCUCCACCAUCACCUCCAGGGAGAUUCAGACCGCCGUGCGUCUCCUGCUGCCCGGUGAGCUGGCCAAGCACGCCGUGUCCGAGGGAACCAAGGCCGUCACCAAGUACACCAGCUCCAAGUAAACACGCGUCCUAAUACAAGCGCGUCAACCCAACGGCUCUUUUAAGAGCCACACACUUUAUCUGAGAGAGCAACGUCGUCUUUGUACACUGUUCUCGUACAAGCGCGCGUCAAAAUAUAAUGUGACUGAGGCAAUUGAAUUAACUUUCCGAGAUGGAGUCUACCUUUGUGAUGACGUCUUUAGCUAUGAUAUAUGUUUACUUCUUAAUAAAGGCUAUGAAUAUUGA